AUGUCAGAAAAACAAAUUCCUUAAAGAUAGUUUAUAGAACAUAAGGCAAAAUCAUAAGGGUAAAAGACAAGAUUUUUAAAUGAUAAAGAGGAUCCAGCACAUCCUCCAUAGAUGAGAAAUGCACAACGGUUUUUGUAAUUAUUAAUAUUUAUCAAGGAAGUCGUAAACCAAAGACUAAUUAAGAAAUGAUUAUGCUUCCAUAGCCUUCUAUUUAAUAUGUUCAACCAGUACAAAAUUUAUAAAAUUAAUAUUGUAGUAUGUGCCUAAACCAAUUCCAAUUCCAGAAGCUAUUAAAUAAAUAGAUAAAAAGAUUAAAGCUUAUAGAAUGUUAAUGGAAAGAGAAAGAAUAGAAAAAUUGAGAGCACAACAACAAUAAAUAGAAAAUGAGGAUGAUCAAAAAAGAGCUUUAGAUUUUAUGACCAAUCCAUAAAUUUAGGAUGUUGAAGUAUUGGAUGAAACUCAAUAAGAAGAGAUAGAGUCUAUAGUUUAGGAACCAAAAUAAUAAGAAAUUAUACUGAAUAGAGAAGAUGAUAAAUGUUCAUAUUCAGAAGCAGUAAAAAAGAGAGAAUAAAUAUAUGAUCAUACUUUAUAAAGAAUGUAUGAGAAAAGAUAGAAUCCUACAUUAUUUGCAGUAAAUUUUUAAGAGUAUUUAGAGAAAUUAAAAAAGAAGCCUCCUAUUUUAAAUAUUACAACGAAAAAUAAAAUUACUAAAGGUUUCGGAAGAAUGGAUCCUGAAGAACAUAGAUUAAGGGUAUAUAAUAGAGAGAAUGUACCUAUUAUGCCAGAAUUGAUCAUUCCAUCAUUUACUAUUAAAAAAGAUUAGAUGGCUAAAAAUAUAUUAGCUUAUUUGGUAUUUUCAUUCAUUUAUUUCAAUUAUUUUAGAAAGAGUACACUCCUUUAUUUAGAGGGUAUAAAAAUUAUGAAUAUCCAAAAUGUGUUUAAAAUAUACUCUAAGAAGAAAUAGAAUCACUUCCUAAUCAAUGA